AUGAACUUCCUGUACGAGUGCCCUUGGGAACGGCUUGAACUUCUGCGGAAAGCGAUCCCAAACGUGCCAUUCCAGUGCAUUUUCCGAGGCUCAAACAUCUUCGGAUACAGCAGUUUUCCAGACAAUGUUAUCAACGAAUUCUGUAAACUGGCCGUUAAAUCAGGAAUGGAUAUUUUCCGCAUUAUGGACUGCUUUAAUUAUUUACCAAAUCUCAUAUACGGUGAUAGCAAAGCAAGUUAG